CACCAGCAGCCUUGCAGGGGGCUCCCUAGGCUGGACCACCCGGACAGGAGGGGCUCUGGUGGCCCCGCACCGGCCCCCAGCCUCUACGGGCGGCGGGCCGGUCAGCCGGGCGGCGGCGGGGACUAUAAGCGGCCGGGGCGCCCACCCUCGAAGCAGGAGUCCGAGCGAGGAGACGGCGCUGGAACCCAUGGACACGUCGUACCCCCGCGAGGACCCCCGGGCCCCGACGCCCAACAAGGCCGACGGCACCGCCCACACGGCCCUCACGCUGGGGGCGCCGCUACCCCCACCUCGAGACCACUUGAUCUGGUCGGUGUUCAGCACCCUCUACCUGAACCUGUGCUGCCUCGGCUUCCUGGCGCUGGCCUACUCCAUCAAGGCCCGAGACCAGAAGGUGACUGGAGAUCUGGAAGCAGCCCGGCGGCUCGGCUCCAAAGCCAAGUGCUACAACAUCCUGGCCACGGUGUGGGCUCUGGUGCCGCCUCUACUGCUGCUGGUGCUGGUGGUGACCGGCGCCCUGCACCUGUCCCGGCUGGCCCAGGGCUCCGCCGCCUUCUUCAGCACCAAGUUCGACGACUCAGACUAUGACUGACAGGCUGGGCCCUGUCACCGCCCUGAUCCAGGGACCCCAACCCCAGGGGCUCCAUCCUAAUCGCCUGGAACCCUGACUUGCCUACGGGCCUGAGGCCCACCCUCCAGCCCCAGCCUGGGCACCUAACACUGACCCUGAAGAUCCUCCACAGGGACCCCAGGGCCUUACCCUCACCUCGAUCGAUGCCCCCAGUCCCCUAACCCCACCCCCCACCCCUGCCCCCAGGCCAGCUCCUCCCUCCCCAGCCGCCAGGCUCAGCCUCAGUUUCACAAUUAAAAGCGCCUGGCUCCAGAAA